UAAUCCGUUUAUAUUGAACAGAAGAGGCCUUAUGGCGUCUGCAAGAAUUCUGUCCAGUGUAAAGAACUGCUUAGAAAUAUGUAUUUUAUUAUUUUUAAUACCACGCCAAGCUGAUUGUCAAGUGCAAUUGGGAAACACAAUAACAAAUGAUAUCGUUGAAUUUGAAUGUUCUAAUGGCUGGAUCCUAGAGGUUGGGAAAUGUUUCCAGGCUUUUCCACAAAGAUUGUCAUGGCAAGAUGCUGAAGAUACUUGUCAAGAAUUUGGAGCUCAUCUGGUGAUCAUAAAUGAUUAUUCUGACAACCUGAUUGCAGCAAAAAUUGCAAGCAACACCACAGGAAUUUAUGAUGAUUCCACAAUUUGGGUUGGUUUCUGGGGAAGCAAUGGUAACUAUAUGUGGUCAAAUGGGAUUGACUCAACAACAUAUAAUGGUCAGUGGGCUGACCAGCAACCAGUGGACAGAUUGGAAGGGUGUGCUGAGAUGGUCCUUGAAGAUACGGACAGUUACGAAUGGGACUAUGCCGAUUGCAACAACCUGAAUCCCUUUGUUUGCCAGCUGGAUGCUUGCGAAGUUGGUCAGUUUCGUUGUCCAACCAGUGGACGGUGUAUCCCACUAUCUUGGGUUUGUGAUGGUACAUCUGACUGCACUGACAAUGCUGAUGAGCUUUCCUGCAGUGGAACAUGUGGUAGUUAUAUUGAGGGAACAUCAGGCACCAUAUCAAGCCCUGGGUAUCCUGUUGAGUAUCCGUCGCUCCAAGACUGCACCUGGCUCAUCCGAACACCUGUUGGUACUAAAAUCUCAAUAACAUUUGUUAGUUUGGAUUUGGAACAAGGCUAUGAUUUUCUUGCUAUUUAUGAUGACUUGGCCGUCAAUGCGAAUCGUCUGAUCGCGGAAUAUUCUGGUGGGAAUGGAGAGGAAGCUAUCCCCUUGACCACGGACAACAUUGCGGCUGUGAGAUUCACCUCAGAUACUGAGAUAAGUUUCACUGGAUUCAGAAUUAAUUGGCAAGCAAUUGAAGAUGAUUGUGGUGGGAACCUGCAGGCCACUAGUUCCCUUCAGUACCUGAAUAGCCCAGGCUACUUGCUGGGCUUAAAUUACCCAAAUAAUGCUCGCUGCAACUGGAUCAUCACGACUUGCGCCGUUGAGGUAGAUGGUUCAAUCACUAGUCAUUCCAGUAAGGGAAGCAAAAGUAGUAAAUGUAACAGCGGAAGCGGUGGUAAGAGUCGGAGAAGUGGAAGUAAAAGCGAAUCCGGAUACGAAGUAUGCGACAUCAUAACCACCUGUAAAGGUGUAAUAACACUUCAAUUUCUUGAUUUUAACACUGAAACUGAUGUGGACUAUGUUAACGUAUACGACAAUGAAAAAAUAGAUGAUAAUCACCUCUUUGAUGUUUUCUCUGGCAACGAACUGCCCCGUGUGAUCAUCACAUCUGCAAGUCAUAAGUAUAUGGGUGUCAACUUUUACUCUAACCUUGUGAACAACAACAAUGGUUUCAGGGCAAGUUACAGGUUAGGUUGUGAGGGUAUUUCAAUUUCCCAAGGCUAUGGAAUUCUAACAUCUCCUGGAUACGGAGUCCAUGAUUAUCCAGAUGACAUUCAGUGCUCUUGGUUCAUCACUAAUCCUUCAGGAGAAGCCCUCACACUCCGGUUUGAAGCCGUUGAAUUUGAGGACAGAACUAACGAUGAUUAUGUAAAUGUGUAUGAUAGUGGUAACAUCGUUGCUGGUUUUCUAACCCAAGUGAAUGGUGGCGACAAUGGAAAGCAGCUGCCAGCAGAUAUUCGCACCACUGGUCCUGACCUGUCACUUUGGUUUGUGUCCAGUAGAAGUAGAAAGAAACCAGGAUUUUAUGCCAGAUUUUCAAAAGACUGCCCUCCGCUAGUCUUAGAUGAUGGUGCUGUACUGAGUACGUCUUCGAGGCAUUGGGGUGCUGAAGUUAGUAUGACAUGUGCUAGUGGAUAUUACAAUCCUGACGAAAGCUACACUUCUGUAGUGUGCGAGUACAAGGGACUGUGGAGCUACGUCUAUGAUGGACACGGUGGUCCCCCAUCAUGCACAGGAGUGUAUUGUGGACAACCAAGUGCUAUUAACAAUGGCCAAUUGGUCUCUGUGUCCAGUAGACAGUUUGGUGGUGAAGCAAUCUAUGAAUGCAACUCAGGGUAUGAGAUUGAAAACUCGGCAUCCAUUUACUGUCAAGCAGAUUCAACUUGGGGCCCAACGUAUCCAUCUUGUUUGUUGGCUUCAUGCCCAUCGCCAGCUGCUCCAGAAAACGGAUUCAUUGUUGGCGUGAAUGACCCUAGCAGUCAGGUCUGGCCAAUCAACUCAGCUGUUACAUAUGGAUGUGACCCUGGCUAUAAUCCAAGUGGAACAACAUUCCGGGUCUGUCAGGACAAUGCCAUGUGGACAUCAGAUCCCCCUGUGUGCGUUGAUGCUUUUUGCCCUGUUCCUGAUAUCAAUGAAUUCACCACAUAUUUGGCAACGUCACCACCCUUUACAUAUGGGAAAACCACUACUGCACUCUGUUACGGUGGUUACCAGUAUCCCGAGGGCGCCGACCGAACGGUCAAGUGUGAGGGGACCGUCUGGGAUGAUGAACUUGUGAGUUGUGAAGAUAUUAAUGAAUGUGAUGGUGAAAAUCGUUGUGAAGGACUUGCUACAUGUGUCAACAUUGAAGGAUCCUACUAUUGUGAUUGUCCGCCAGGAUACCGGCCUAACAACGGACUGGACCUAACAACAUGUGACGAUAUUGAUGAAUGUGAAGAUGAAGACCUGAAUGAUUGUGAUCAGGUUUGUCAUAAUUUUGCUGGGAGCUAUAACUGCUCAUGUCUGGCUGGAUAUGAGCUGUACGUCGCAAAUGGAACCAACGGGUAUUACCUGCCAGCAGGUGAGAGCGGUUACUCCAGUGACGACAGUUACACCAUCGGCAAAACAUGUGUUUCCAACUUUUGCCCGAUACCGACAGAGAUAGAAAAUGGUGUAGUUAUUAUUCCUGACAUUACAUACAACCACAUGGACGCCAUUGUACUUGGUGGUGUUCAAGUUGCUGUUGACACUAGUAUAACCGUUGGAAAAUCAGUUGAGUUCCGCUGUGACCCUUGUUAUGAGCUGAUUGGUGAUCCCAUUCUUACGUGCGGUGCUGAUGGUUUUGGAGCUGAUUUCCCAAGUUGCAGAGCUAUUGAAUGUGUGCCGCCCUCUAGUGUUCAUAAUGGUUACUAUGAGCCUGUUGUGGAAUCUUACCCUUGCCUUUCACAAGUUGGCUACAACUGCUAUGAAGGCUAUCAACUAACAGGACCAAGCACUCGUGUCUGUGAAGACAUAGGAAACAAUCAUUAUGACUGGUCGGAUUUUGAACCUACUUGUACAAUUGUUGAUUGUGGGCCGGUAGUGGCCCUGGAGCAUGGCAGUGUGACGUACAAAUAUGGCCUCACUACGUACGGAAGUGAAGCGUAUGCCAAGUGUGACAAUUCAUAUGGUUACUAUGGACCUCUGGUGAGAUACUGCCUUGAAAACGGCACAUGGAGUGGAAGUCCAGGAUAUUGUGAAGAAUGUCCUCCAGGAACUGGCUGGGGUGAGGGUGAUGGAGGAGGAGGAGGUGGGGGCAGUGGCCAAGGUGACAUCUGUGCCUGUACUGGCGAAGAAGGUGAUGGAGGCGGUGGAGGAGGAGGUGGUGGUGGAGGAGGGGGAGAUGGAGGAGGCAUUGGAUGCAUUGGGUGGGGAUAUGGCUGGGGAAGAGACAGGUAUAGCAUCUUGGGGGAGGGUGGAAAUAGAUUCGAGUUUUCUGAGGAAGUGGGUGGUAUCUUGAAUAUAGCUGGGGAUAUUGGAGAGUAG